AUGCUCACAAACAAUGGUUCCAUCUUCAUGCCCUCCAUACUAACAUUAGUUGGAAUUCCUGGCCUGGAGUCAGUACAGUGUUGGAUUGGAAUUCCAUUCUGUGUCAUGUACAUCAUUGCUGUGAUUGGGAAUUCUGUUAUCUUAGCUACAAUCAAAUCUGAGAACAGUCUUCAUAAACCCAUGUACAUUUUUUUGGCUAUGUUGGGAGCCACCGAUAUUGCACUUAGCACUUGUAUUCUUCCCAAAAUGUUAGGCAUAUUCUGGUUUCAUUUGUCAGAGAUUCAUUUUGAAGCCUGCCUGCUGCAAAUGUGGCUGAUUCACUCAUUUCAGGCAAUUGAAUCAGGUGUCCUUCUGGCAAUGGCCCUGGACCGCUAUGUGGCCAUUUGUGCCCCCUUGAGACAUACCACCAUCUUCUCACAACAACUUUUAACUCAGAUUGCAAUUGGAAUAACACUCAGGGCUGCCAUUCUUGUAACACCAACACUGGUACUUGUCAAAUACCGCCUUAAACACUACAGAACUACAGUCAUCUCUCACUCUUACUGUGAACACAUGGCCCUUGUGAAGUUAGCUGUUGAAGAUACUCGGAUCAACAAGAUAUGUGGCCUAUUUGUUGCCUUCACUAUCCUAGGGUUUGACAUAAUUUUUAUCACCUUAUCCUAUGUUCAGAUUUUCAUCACUGUCUUUCAACUGCCCCAGAAGGAGGCACGACUCAAGGCCUUCAAUACAUGCAUUGCCCACAUCUGUGUCUUCCUUCAGUUUUACCUUCUUGCCUUUUUCUCUUUCUUCACCCAUAGGUUUGGCUCUCACAUACCACCAUAUGUUCAUAUCCUUUUGUCAAACCUUUACCUGUUAGUCCCACCAUUUCUCAACCCUAUUGUCUACGGGGUGAAGACCAAACAAAUUCGUGAUCAUGUCCUGAAAGUAUUAUUCUCUAUAAAAGCUUCUUGA